AUGUCUACAGCGACAUUUCACUAUGAGCAGCGCCGCCUCGAGAACGAUCUCGUCGCCCUCGAGAUAUUUGAGCCCAGUGUCCAUGCAGCGCCCUUUGUCGAGAUGAUCAAGGCCCACCCGGACAUGUUUACAUACAUUCCUUUUCCGACAAUAAACGACGAGGCAGACUUCAUGAGACUCUACGAGGGUAUUUCCUCAUCGCCUGGGGACUGUCUGUUUGCCGUCAUUGACAAGGUCGCUUCUCCUGGAGAAGUGGGUGUGAACGGAAAGUUCGCCGGCGUCGUAUCCUUGAUUGGCACGAACAAAGACGACGCCGUCACAGAGAUGGGCGUUAUUAUCUUCCCGGCAUUUCAACGCACCCACGUGGCAACGAAUGCCAUCGGGCUUCUUCUUCUAUGGACACUGGAUCCGCCCUCCGCCGGCGGUCUAGGGUUGCGGCGCGUUGCAUGGAGAGCCCACGCGGAGAACGCGGCAUCUCGAAGAACUGCGUUGCGGAUCGGGUUCGAGUUUGAGGGGAUCGCGAGGUGGGAUCGCGUGUUUCCGCGCGGCAAGGUCGCACUCUCCGCAGAAGCUCUUAGGAUCAAGAACGGCACGCAGGAAGAACAGCCCGGGAGACACACGGCCGUCUUUUCGAUUGUAUGGGACGAGUGGGAUGAAAAGCGACCCCAAGUGGUCGCAUUAAUGGGGCGAAGAUAG